CCCUCAUUGAUCCCAGCGCGGCGGUCGGUCCGCUGGCGAGUGUGCGGCACGCUGCUUCUCCGGAGUGAGUGCGCCGCCGUCGUUGCCCCCGACUGUGUUGUUGCUCGUCCCCGGACAGCACGCUGUGCGCAGGAGACAGGCAUGCGCCGCGUCCCUCGGAAACCCUGGCGCGUGCCCGGAUGAGACGUGGACGUUGGUGGAUCCGGAAGUAGUGGCGUCCCGAGCGACCUGCUAGUGUUUCUUCCUUCGUUCGUGAGGUGCGCGGCCUGUCAAUGACGGUGCCCCGUUGUCGGCUUCGAGACGAAAGGACCCACGAUCCGGGCCAUCGUGUGAACAACCCUCGGUCCGGAGUGAUGGUGUAUGUUCCCGUGGCACCGCUGCUGCUUUUUCUGUCGGCGAUCAUCGGAAUAGGUCCCGGCUUCGCUUCAGGCCAAGAGACGACUGUGACAGGCCUAGUGGGCGAGUCGGUACGGCUGCCUUGUGACGUGGACGUGAAGCGCUGCGGAAACGUGUACUUUAUCACGUGGACCAAGAACGUGUCCGAUGUGUGGAAGCGCAUCUACCUGUACAGCAAUGACGUGGAGAAGCCGCUCCAGGAGCUGGCCAACCCGGACCGGGCCGAUUUCUUCCUGCGCAACUCGACCGCGCAGCUCGAGAUCUUCCCGCUGCGAUUGGCCGACGAGGGCCAGUACAAAUGCGACGUCACCUACGUCAGGGGAAAGUGCCCCUCCCUCUCCUACGCCAACCUCAUCACCCUGGCCAAACCCAGCGUGCCGGUGAUCGAGAUGCAGGGGCAGGCGCUCGAGAGCGGCGCCACGGUGGGGCCGCUACAGGAGGGCGACGUGCUGAGCCUCACGUGCAAGACGUUCGGCGGCAAGCCCAUCCCCAAGGUGGCGUGGUACAAGGGCGACAUGCAGCUGUCCGCCACCUUGGACGAGAGCCGCGGGGAGCGCGGCGCGGGAGACGUGGCGGCCACGUUCGCCACGCCACUCAGCCGCCAGGACCUCGGCUCGCGCUUCGAGUGCACCGCCACCAACGAGGCCCUCGAGCAGCCCAUCCGCAGCUGGGUCGAGCUCGACCUGCACGUGAAGCCCAUGGAGAUCGAGAUGGAGAGCCCCAGCAUGCCGGCCAAAGCGGGCACUGCUCUGCAGGUCCGCUGCGUCAUAUCCGGGGCGCGACCUGUGGCCGAAGCGGUGUGGUACAACCGGACGACACGCAUGUCGCACCAACCGCAGCCCGCUGUGGAGCCUCUGGGCGAUGGCACGUUCCGUACCGUGAGCACGCUCGAAGUGGUGCUCACGCGCCACGACCACGAGGGAAGCUUCACUUGCAAGGGCAGCAAUCCCGUGCUGGACGCCUCCGGGGAACCGCCCCUCGAAAGAACCGUCGACCUGCUCGUCCUCUAUCCACCAGAGGUCAAGAUCGAGCAGAGCCGCGUGGGUGUGGUGAAGGAAGGAGGUCACGUGGUGCUGCACUGCUCGUACACGGCCAACCCACGCAUGAUCCUCGACAUGCGCUGGUUCAAGGACGACGCGCCUCUGCGAUUCGACGAGGACGAACGACUGGAGCCUAGCAAUCCGGGGCUGCCCACUCUCACCAUACGGCAGCUGACGCGGCGAGACCGUGGUCGGUACAGCUGCGGCCUGCGGAAUGACAUCGGCUGGGGAAACUCUUCAAACAUUGCCCACCUGGACAUCCUUUACGUCCCUACGGUGGCGGCGGUGGUGUCGCCGCCGUUCCUGGAGGAAGGUCCCGGCACCCGUGUGACGCUGUCGUGCAACGUGCUCGAGGGCAACCCGGGUCAGCUGCGGCGCGUGCGCUGGCACCGCGACGGCGAGCUUCUCAACGAGAGCACCGAGCGGGUGGUCGUGUGGGCCGACGUGAUGCGCAACGCCACGGGGAAUUACUCCUGCCAAGGCGAGAACGAUGCUGGAUGGGGGCCCGUGUCCGACACCCAGGAGCUGGCCGUCUAUUAUCCUCCCGGCCCCGCGAGCGUAGUGCACGCCAGCGAGUACGCCGUGAAGGGCAAGACGACGACUCUGAGCUGCGUGGUGGAGGACCCGGGCCUCCCGCCGGCCACGCACUAUCGCUGGGAGUUCGAGGGCGAGCUCAUCGCCACCGCCACCGAGUCCGAGCUGGUGACGCCGCCCGGAAGCCUGUCGUCACGCGGCCGCUACUCCUGCGCCGCCGUCAACGAUGUCGGAGCAGGACCGAGCGGCGACUACGAACUACCCGUGCUAGCACCGCCGUCGUUCAUCGACCAGCUGCCCAGCGUGCACGGGGCGCUGCAGAACUCGACGGACGUGAGCCUGUCGUGCCGCGUCGAGUGCGAGCCGGCCUGCGUGAUCGAGUGGCUGCGCGCUGGCGAGAGCAUCGACUACAGCCCGCAGUUCAGCAUCCAGAGCACGCCGCACCCGGAGGAGCCGGCCGAGAACCGCUUCGCCUCGGUGGUGAGCACGCUCAAGUUCGACAUGACGCAGUGGCCCGGCGGUGUCCUCGACCGGAACUUGGACAACACCACGUUUACGUGCCGCUCGAGCGGCAACCUUGUCGGCCGCGCGGUCUCUUCCACAACGCACUUCGAAGUCGAGUAUCCUCCCGAAGACAUCGACGUGUCAGUGAAACACCUGCUUGUCUACGAGGGAAACGUGGCCGAGGAGAUUACGUGCAGCGCCAACUCGAAGCCACCGAGCGAGUACAUGUGGAUGUACAACGACCAGGUCAUCUCGGACAGUCCGCUGCUAUUCAUGAACUACAGCCUCGGUCGUGAACGCAGCGGAAACUACACAUGCGUCGCUAGCAACCGGCACGGAUCGGCGUCCUACAACAGCUACAUUGACGUCAUCUACCCGCCCUCGUGCGUGCUGUACACGAGCAAGAAUUCGGAGGGCCAGGUGACGCUCAUCUGCGAAGUGGACGCCAAUCCUCCGCAGGUCAACAUCAGCUGGAUGUUGGGCAACGAGACGAUCGAGCGGAACGUUUACUCUGAGGGCCUACGCAGCAUAUACACCGUGCCCGACUCGACGGCUCCCGAAUACUACGGCCUCUACCUCUGCCAGCCCAACAACUCCUUGGGAGCCGCAGAGUGCGAGUACCGUGUGAACGGUCCCGGCGAUGCCUACAACCAUGUAUACCUGGACGAUGAACAAGUUAUGAUGAUUACGGGCAUCGCGGGGCUCAUCGUUUUAAUAUUCAUUAUUAUCAUCGUUAUUAUUGUCCUUAUAAUGAAGAGAAAGCGGAGGAGAGCUGGACCAAAAGAAGCGGUGGAGGAUCGGCAAACACCGGAAGGACGCCUAAGCCUCAGCGAAGAUUUGAGCAUCCACAAGGCUGACUUCCACCCACCUUAUCUACAGAACGGUAGCAGCAGUGAUAUCACAGGAAACUCAGUGAUUGCAUUCAAGCGAGUUGACGGGGCCAGAAGGAAAAGGAGAAUCGUCUCAGAUCUCAACAGUCCGGUGAAGUCAAAGUCAAAGGCCGGAGCAGAGCCGGUGUACCAGAACGUCGAAGGCAAGACGGAGAACGGGCCCCCGCCGAUCGCGAACAGCGAGCCUGAGAACAGGGCCACGUACGAGAACAUGCCUUUCCACCCCCAGAGGAAUUCCAAGGGGCCUUACAGGCCCGAUAUCAAUGACGAACUCCUGUACGCUGACAUGUACGAGGACGUGAAAGCUGGCCGGGUGCCGGACCCUCGCCUGGUCAAGCCCCCACUGCCCCCCAAGGGAGGCGCCGGCCCACCGCCGCCACAGCCCGAGGUGCCACCCAAGGCCCGCAAGAAGGCUGGUCGCAGCGGCGCCAAGUCGGGUGACUGAGCAGCUGCUGCUCCCAGCACCAACCACGCCGCCGAGCCUCAAGAGCAGCCUGAUGCCGCUGGCCGCAAGAGGACGCCGUUCUCCGCCGCAGCGAGGCCGAGAGUGUCGCGGCAGGGAAGCCUCAAAAUAUCGCGGUGGUUCUGUCAAGGAAGCUGGAUUGCGGGCCAUGCGCGUAUUAUACAACGGUACAUUCUCAGCCCCAUCAACACAAGGAUGUCGCCAAGCACACGUCACGAUGAGAAUGUAUCAGAACUAAAAAGAAAAGACAAAAUGGCACAAAAUACUUCUAGCUCUUUGCAAUAAUUAAGCUUUUAUUUCAUCAACGUCUAGGUGGGUAAACAUCUUAAUUCGGUUUGUUCGCUUUAAACAAAUUCAAAAUUUUGUCUGCCCUGAUUUUUUCAAUCUUUCCUGAUUCUUCCGUGUGGAAUCUGGCCGCCUAAACUUUUUCGGUGUAUUUCCUCACCAAAUCGCCCGCAUUAGGCUCUGCGUGACUACGUCAAGCCAAAUUCCAAACUACCGGUGUUAUUCAAUUUGUUCGAGGUGGCGAAGACGAUUUGCGAGCGCUCUGGCGGCGCUUACCACUUAGCGGCACGGCCACCAAGCGAUAUUUUGCGCCUGUCGCUGCGUUCGCUUGAGGUCAGUGUCGGCCUCGGUCUGCCCUCGGGCGGUCUUCGCGGCUCCAAACACGUCCGGCCAUCGCUCCCGCGGACAGACAGCACCUCCGGCGAGUGCACGCGAGAGCUCAACAGGCGGUGCUCAUCGAGGAGAUCGCCAUCUGCUGCUGGCAGGAAGCUAAAGAGGCGCACGCCUUCUUACCUCGGUGGGCCGACGCCUGGCGGCGGUGAUAUCUUCGCUCGGCACGGCAGCUUGCCGGCGGAGGCGCGCUAUUGAUGAGCCAUAGCCGGUGCGCGAGGCGUCGUGUAAAUAUUCUGUCUUCGUUUCGCCCGUCGUCUCUGGGGUUUGUGUUUUUCUAUGCGCGCUCGACUGGGUCGAUGUGAUACUCCGCGCGAUGAGAGCCGACGUGGCGUGGAUGCUUGGCUGCCGGCUUUGGCGCACAUUGACUGAGCAACAGGCUGCGUUUGUGACCUCUGUGUGAAAGGUAGCACGGGAUGUCAAGACACAAUCAAGAUGUCAAGAUGCCCGAGAGUUGUCACAUGUAGGAGAUUUUGGAUACUAAAAACACACAGGCUCUAAGCUAAAUGUUUUGUAAAUGCUGCUAAAAGAGAGAGAGGCGGAAUUUGCUCCAGAGGACGGGGUAGCCGACACCGCAUCAGGCACCAGCAUAUCCUAAAAUUCAUGUACCAAUAAAAGUGAGGGAAGUUUAUCAGACGGCGCACACCCGCGACGCAUUUCUCACUUCACGCUGAAAAGGGCAGUAUUCGCAUAUUGUGGACAAUGUUCUAUACAGACAACCAUGAAUAUUUUCACUUAUCUUAAAGCUUCAACGUAGCGUGCCGGUAGUUGACUUUAAGCCUAAAUGUUCGUUCACGAAAAGUCAAUUGCAUGUUCGCACUAACCAAGCUCUAAAAAUAUACCCCAGUUUGGCGUUUUCCCGGACAGAGAUUGCUUGCCAGGUCGCUGCACCAGCAACGCGAUUACCGGGCCAGCGAUCCACUUUCGCAAGUGUCUCGGGCAGGCUCACCGUGGUGGCGUCUGCGCAAGCUCCGAUCCGCUCCGGCGUUCUUAACUAAACUAGACACCCUGCAUGGGACAGCAGUAGCGGAGGGGCUGGCAUAGCGUGACCGGGCAUCCCCCUUCUCCAACCUCGCUCUUCACUCCCGCUCACCAAACUCUCCCGAGGUUUUUCGAAUUCUAAAUUACGAAACGCCGCGCUGGGCAAAUUGGUUGGCUCCGGUGGUAAUUCCCUCGGCGCGGCCUCGCCACUCGAUUAUCCUUCCUUCGCCUCUCACGUGCAAACACUGGCGCCGUGGCGGUGCAUCCAAUGGCCUUCCUUCCCUCACGCAGCCUGGCUUUUCGCCCAUCACCCUCGGCUCCCUCUCCAUCCGACCCAUCCCGGUCCAGAAAGCUCGCGUCAGCGUCUGCUUGCCGUUUACCCAGAGCUGCACAACCCAUCUUCUCCCUCGCCUUCUUUUAUCCGAGAAGCGAGAAGCGCGUGUUCCAAAUUACGCGAGCAGAGGAGGAAGUACAGGAAAAUAGCUAGGGAACAGAAAUAAAGACAGGAGCCGGCGAAAGGACGCGAGAGACACCUCGACAAGAGCGUGCCCCGUUAAAGUGCCCGCUGCCACCCGAGGCUCCCUACGCCGACGAGCGGCGGUCGCCGCGGAGUAUUCCAUCAGACCACGUCGUGAUCGCCUCUCCACUCGCUCACUCGUUCGCAUGGCGUGUGCGUCUCGCUCCUCGUGAAUCCUGCGCCGGGUUGUUCUGUGAUCACAGCGUGCUCCUUUCCUUUUUUUCUUUUUCGCUUCAUUGUCAGUUUGUGGGAUGUGUUGGCCAUGCCGAGCUCACCAUCGACACUGCAGCCUCAUCGCACCCGGAUUAUGUGUCGCACACAGCGCUGAGGGCCAACGCCACCCCGACUCCGACGAGGAACGACGCCACUGAUUCCCCAUCUACGGCUUGACACGCCCGUCCUGACUCCUCCCGUUUACAGACGCAUGUACAGACAGACAACGUUCUCUCUGCCGGUGACGCGUUGGGUUCCUCAUGGCGGCGAAGAGAAAAACUCACUCGUGUGUGCUGCACAUACACUCCAAACGCACGCACGGUGAAUGUUACACAUCAGCAACCAAAAACGGCAAGCACACUUCACUGGCAUGCAGAAGUGUACGACGAAGAAGCGGAUGGAAUCCCCAGCAGGCAGCGAUUUGACGACCUACCGCGGUGAGCAGGGGGAGCUCAAGCGGGGACGGAUUAAACACGUGACGCGUCAAAACAAAACACGAAAAAAAAUGGAUACAAUACCACAUGAAAUAGAGAGACUGCAGAUACUGAGGGGGACUUGUAUUAAUACUUUGUCGAACGUGUGAUGAUCGGUGCGUAUUUUUUUUUCCCGUACAGCUGUGCGCGUUUGCCCCGAUUUCCCAAACGUUCUCCGUGUUUUUUCGCUGUGCAUUGAUGAGUGUGUGCGUGCCGUAGACUAGCGUUGCGCUUCAACAUCUGUGUUCUGAACUAUUGGAUUUCUUUUGUGCAUUUUCUGUUGGCUCUUUGGUGCUGCUAUGCUGCAUUUCCCCCGACGCCUUUGUAUUUCCUUCAGCGAUUCCAGCGAUAGCGCGCACGCUUUCAAUGGAGUGGUCUAGCCUAGCAAGAAUACUUACUGCUCAAUUUGAAUUCGAUCGGGCAAUCGCGAUGCGAAGGAGUACAUGGAAGGGAGCGAACAUAACGUUGCCACGAGCUCCCUUUUGAAAUUCUUCACGAAAGAAAGAAACUAUAAAGCGUGACAGAAAACCAUACAGAACACACCGAAAAUAAUCGCAAAUGGGACUUUGAAAGAGCCGCUCCCAUGUUUGCGUCGUGUGCUAGCGCAAGUCAUUUACGGUUUGAUGUUUCAUCUUCAGACACUUUAAUUAAUUUAUCAAAUUAACUUGCUGUAGUUCUUUUGCUGGACGUGUGCUAUUCAAAGGAGAGACAGAGACAUGAUUGCCAAUGUUGUUGUUUUGAGAGUUACUAUUCACCGAGUGUUCACAGAGAGGGCCUCGUGACGUUGUUUUUGCGCUUGCUUGCAGCCCGCGUUGCUUGCUGGCGUCAUGGGUACGUGCAGUCUUUUAAAACACACUGGGCAGCGAAAAUCUUUGCCGCCCUAAGUUUGUGCUUUACCUGACCUCACUGUGUGUGUAUUGUCACAGGCCUUGUCUCGGCGCUGCCUGAAUUAUUUGUUCCUUUGUAUGAUGAAAUGACAGUGCCGGCCGUGAAGGCCAUAUGAGAUGUUUUCUUUUAUUUCUGUACAGUGCACAUAAUGGCUGUUAAACCAAAGAAUAUGUAUUCUUAUGCCCUAGAUAUUUAUUUGUUGUAUGUUUUUUGUGUACAAUGAUGAACAUUAUACUUGUUUAUAAGAUGGUUAGAAAUAUGUUGAGCGGCUGGCCUCGUUUUUGUUUGCCGUUAUAUGCUUAACAGCGGAUGUUUGACUUAGUGCGGCUAUUGAAUUUAUUUGCCUCUGUUUUUGACGACACCGCAUUUCUUGAAAUUGUUAAACAGUUUCGCGCAGUGGCUGCUUUGUCGAGGCGUUCCGAACCACACACCGAGCACCCCUAUGGACAUUUAAUUGUGCUCGACGUUAUCGUUAACAUAUUUGGAGAAUCAUAUUAUUUAAACGCAUGAGUUCGAUACCGACCAAUGAUGAGAGAUACAUAACAAGCGUUAGGAGUUAUAUCGUACCCGGGUGGCAGAGAUGAGUAGAUAAGUAGGCUUUUACAUUGAAACAAAUAAUUUAUUAGCAAACGCAGGUGAGCGUUAGGCAUGCUCCGAUUUAGCAAGCCUUGUCUCUAACUUGCCGCCGUCAACAUUUGCGUUGAGCGAAGUGCAGGAGCGCAUGUUUAAAAGCAUUGAUCAGGCUAUAACGAGGCAUUGCCGUGAAACCUCCCCACCCGUUGUUCAAACCAUGCCAAUUGGAAAUGUAACGAGGCUGUCCUUCGUAACUGCCCGACAAUGGAACCUUAGUGCGAAUGUUUACCACAUACGCUUUACGAGACUACACAAACCUAAAGACAGUUGCACUGCGGAGUUGGGUCUUUAAAAAAAAAUUCUUCUGCUCCCUUCCUUUUUGUAUGACCAGGCUGGAUGUGAUUUAUUUACCUACGCCAUGCUCAGUGACAUACUGAGUCUGAGUUCAUGCGAGUUUGGUGUGAGUCUUAAUGGCUAACUGCGAUGCCCAACCACGUCUUACCAGCGUUUCUAGUUUCACGGAACACUUUGAACAAUGACGUUCGCAUGAUGUCCUCAGGGCUGUGUUUCGCUACUAUUUUCUUGUGCUCGGCUUAGAAGGCCUCAUGUGCCGAUUGAAUUCAACCAAAAAUGUUAGAAAAAAUAAAUUUACACUGUUUCCGCUCGGUGUCUCAUGGGUUUUACGAAUUGUAAUUGAGCAUGAAACAUGUACCAUGACACUCUUGCGCCUGGUGAGCAAUUUUUACGCCAAGUCAAACACUAGUCAGAGGCGCUAGUUUCAUAUUGUGUUCUCGGAUGUGCGUGCUUUUUGUACACUUUCCUUGCUGUAUUAUUUUCCCUUCUUUAAUGGCCGCAUUACUUGUUUUAUUUAUUUAUUCUUACAGUAGUGUUUGCAAAACGACGAUUUGAGAGUUUGGGUGUGACUUACCGUUGUCUUUUUGUUCUGUCACGAAACCCCUUAAAAAAAAGGCAGCGAGAAAGGUAGACGAAAUAUCUGGGUGCCUCACUGUAAAUUAACCGUAAUAUUUUCUAUCGAUUUCCUAUGUACAAUGAACACUGAAUAAAGUACGAUAAUAGUUAAUAAAAUGAGUGAAAUGCACCAAA